ACUUCUUCAUACUGUUACAUCAUUCUUCAGAUUGCCAGAGCAGCGGAUGUGAGUACAAAGAUUGUUAAUGGUGAGGAUGCUAACAUUGAAAACUUUCCAUGGCAAGUCUCUAUUCAAGUGAUGAGGGACGGGCAAUUUGGUCAAGACUGUGGUGGGUCAAUUAUUGACAAUAGAUGGAUUCUAACAGCUGCACAUUGUUAUAACAAGACCCACCCUAUACCAUUAAGCCAAACUAGAGUGGGAGCAGGAAGUUCUUCCCUAAGUGGGAUGGUAGAAUUCAGAAGUGUGAAAAAGUUUCAUCAACACGAAAGCUACGACAACCCCGAAAAUUACAACGAUAUUAUGUUGAUCGAACUUACGAGACCGUUUAGGUUUGGGUCUGCUAUUAAUAAGAUCAGUUUGGAAACUGAUGUAGAUAGUGAUUAUACACAAGAGAGUUGUAAAGUAUCAGGUUGGGGAAAUACAAAUGAGUUUGGUGAUCAUACGUAUCCGGAUCGUCUACAAGCUACAGAAUUAACUGUUAUCAGCAGAGAAUCCUGUGCUUCGCAAUGGGGCGAGGACAAUUUUAUUUCUGACAACACCAAACUGUGUGGUCAGGAGUAUAGAAGAGAUACCUGUGAUGGAGAUAGUGGUGGACCUUUAGCUUGCAGGACUGCUGAUUCUACAUAUAUACUUGUCGGGUUAACAUCAUAUGGGCCGAAAGUUUGCAAUGGAACACUGCCAGGUGUUUAUACCCGAGUUUCUGCAUACACCGAUUGGAUUGAAAAGACUAAGAGUAAAAAAGGAAAAGGAAAAAAGAAUACGAAAGGGAAAAAAGAUAAGAAAAACAACAAAAACAACAAAAACAACAAUAACAAGAAGAAUAAAAAUUAAUAAGUGAUUGAUAAUAAAAUUUAAAGCAUU